AUGGGCGAUACUAUUUACUACCAGAGCAGUCAUAAAAAUAUGCAUUGGAUCAAGAAACUUUUACUUCAAGGUCGAUAUCGACGUCAAAAUUUCACUAAACAGUCUGAUAUUACUUUGCGUCUUACUCAACUAUUACAAAAGUGGAGUGCCCAAUUUUCUUUUUUGGGCCAAGAGGGAGUUUACGGACCGUUCGCACGGAUCCAUUUUGGUGCACACGUAUCACGGGCCACAUACCAAGUCGAAUGUGGCUCAUUAAUCGAUGUCAUAAGUAGUUCUCAUAUGCGUGUUUCGCUUGAUUUUUCAGAUGUCGGAGCAGACCAGAAAAGAACCCGACAAACAUACACACGCUAUCAGACAUUGGAACUGGAGAAAGAAUUCCAUUUCAAUAAGUAA